CUUCUCCAAAAUGGCCAAGUACUCGGGCAAAAAAUGCCGGCUGCUUUCGAUGAUGUGGCUGACGGCGUUCUUCUUCUUCGUGGAGAUCAUAGUGGGUUAUGUGACCAACUCGAUGGCUCUGGUCGCAGAUAGUUUCCACAUGUUGGGCGACAUUGCCGCCUUAGUGAUAUCAUUUCUGUCUGUAAAGAUGUCACCGAAGAAAUGGUCGAAGAACACCUUUGGAUGGGCCAGGGCCGAAGUUUUGGGAGCUUUGGUCAACGCUGUGUUCCUGGUGGCCCUCUGUUUCAGCAUCACCAUCGAGGCCUGCAAAAGAUUCAUUGAGGAGGAACCGAUUCAUGAGCCCGAGCUGUUGGUUAUCGUGGGAGCCCUGGGUCUUCUGGUGAAUGUGAUUGGCCUCUGUUUGCUUUACGAGCACGGCGGUCACCAUGGACACUCGCAUGGUGCCGGACUUACCCGCAAUCACAGCCGACUCACUGAGUUGGCCAACAUGGACGAGGGCGAGGAUGAGCAGAACGACUAUGCCUACGAGAAACAGAAGGAGAAGCCGGUGGUGAAGAAGUCCAGCCAUGGACACAGCCACGAUCCCGGCCAGAUGAACAUGCGUGGAGCCUUCCUGCACGUUUUGAGCGAUGCCCUUGGCAGCAUCAUUGUGGUGAUCAGUGCGGUGGUGGUCUGGAAAACGGAGUGGAAGUAUCGCUACUACAUGGAUCCCGCUCUGUCCAUCGUCCUGGUGGUGCUCAUCCUCCACUCCGUGUGGCCACUGCUGCGUGAAUCGGCUCUGAUCCUGCUGCAAACGGUGCCCACGCACAUCCAGGUGGACGCCAUCCAGAAGAGGCUGCUCGAGAAGGUGGACGGAGUACUGGCGGUGCACGAGUUCCAUGUCUGGCAGUUGGCCGGCGACCGCAUCAUCGCCUCUGCCCAUAUAAGGUGCCGCAACCUCUCGGAGUACAUGAAGAUUGCCGAGAAGGUGAAGGAGUUCUUCCACAACGAGGGCAUCCACUCCACCACCAUUCAGCCGGAGUUCAGCGAGAUCGAGGGCUGCAACAUGUCCGAUGGCACCUCCAGCAUCAACAUGAGCGGCUCCGACUGCUGCGCUUUGGACUGUCCCACCACGGAUGAGGGAUGUGUCAAAGCCACCUGCUGCCAGAACAACAACAAACUGAACCAACUGCCCUCACCCACCAACUCGCCUUACCUGUGUCGCCAGAGAAAUGCCGCCCGACAGGCGGGCGAUGUGGAGGCGGGUUCCCUGCUGGAGGCCACAGCCAGUGGAUCCUCUGGUGGAGCCACCGUGGGAGCAGGAGUGCCCACCGCAGGAGCGCCGGCGAUAUCAACGCCGAAGAGCGAUUUGGUCUGACGACAGCCACCACAGCAGACGGCGCAACAACAUGUACACUUUGCCACGACCAAAACGGAAACCACAAGCGCAACAGGAGCAGCAACAUCAAUACGUGAUAUAAUGUUCGAGCCAAGCGCCGCCAACAACCAAGUGGCUUCCACAUGCAGCGCACAGGAUGCAGGCGGCAAUCUCGGCCAGCGGCGAAGGGAACUUCAGUUGCAGGCCGAGCAGCAGCAGUAUCAGGAGCGGGUGCCACCGUUGAGCACCCGGAAUGGCGACGAGGUGGCCCUCUAAUUUAGGAGCCUAGUUUAAAAUAACCGCUGCAAUGGAGACUGGUCUGCCAUGUGGCAGCGUUCGUGUUUUAGUGUUUGUAUCAUUAUUUGUUCUUAGCGGAAUUUAGGCAUUAAUGAGCUAGUUUAAUUAAAGUAAAAGUAAAAGUAAAAUCAAAAAAAUGAAUGUUAUGUAUAACACGAUUAUCUGAUAGAGUGCAGAGAACACAAAGUUUAACGAAAGAGAGUAUGUCAUUCAAAUAUACUGCAUAUAUAGUAUGUUAAAACCUAUUCGAUUGUAGUUAAUUGCAUUAGUUUAAGUCGAUAAGUGAGAGAGCCCAACCAACAGAGAAUACAUAUGUACUACGUUUUUUACAUUUUGAGAAAGUUUAUACAUACGUGAAAUAAAUUAUUGUAUUCAAUAGUUAUACCUACGGAUUAGCAAAUGACUAAAGAGAGUUUACAAAAUACAUAGGUAUUUGUGUAUGGUUAGGCCAUAGACCCUUAAUCUUAGUAGUUGUAAUGCUAUCUGUAAAAAAAAAGAACAUGUUUUUACCACAACCGUGAAACUAGUUUCUAUUUAAUUUUAAUUGUAUCGAACUUUAUAAUGACUAUACAUUUAAUGCGAACAUCAUGUAUUAUUUUAUGAUCUGCAUUGAUUUUGCACCUGUAUAUGUUUGUAAAUAAACACCAAACAUAAUCAGUCCAAGCUAA